AUGCGGGUCCAGGGAUCCGGUGGCGAAUUCUGGCCACCGUGGGGACUCACCGUCCAGCUGGUUACAGCCGAUAACCUUGCUCCUAGUCAGCUCCUCCGUGUGUCCCCCCACCUCCACCCAGGAGUAACUCGUCUGUCUCGUCGGGCGGGGUCGACGUGGAUCCGGCUGGAACCGGUUUCCCGCUGCCUGACCCUCUGGCUGUAUCUUUCGCUCUGCUUCGCCUUCGCAGACACGCGUGGCGAGUUCCUGACCCGGAACUCCCGCCCCAACAUCGUGCUGCUCAUGGCCGACGACCUGGGUGUGGGGGACCUAGGCUGCUACGGGAACAGCUCCAUCAGCACCCCGAACAUCGACCGUCUUGCAAGAGAGGGCGUGAUGCUCACGCAGCAUCUGGCAGCCGCGUCCAUGUGCACGCCCAGCCGCGCAGCCUUCCUCACAGGGCGCUAUCCCGUGCGCUCAGGCAUGGCGUCACCCAACAACAUGUACCGUGACAUCACGUGGUUGGGCGGAUCGGGCGGACUCCCAAGCAAUGAGACAACGUUCGCCAAGAUGCUGCAGCACCGGGGAUACCGCACAGGACUUAUAGGGAAAUGGCACCUGGGCAUGAGCUGCGCGUCCCGAGGUGACCACUGCGCGCACCCGCUCAACCAUGGCUUCGACUUCUUCUACGGGAUGCCGCUGGGGCUGCUGGGGGACUGCGGCGCCCGCACCUGGCCGGAAGUGCACCGCUGGCUGCGCGUCCAGGUGUGGGUGACGUCAGCAGUGCUGGCCGCCCUACCCUUCCUGCUGCUGGUGCCCCGCCUGGCGCGCUGGUUUCCUGUCCCCUGGACGCUCGUGGCCGCUUGCGGCUUCCUGGCUGCAGUCUUCUUCCUGUCCUGGUUCAGCAGCUAUGGCUUCAUGCGCAGGUGGAACUGCGUCAUCAUGCGUGACCAUGAUGUCAUCCAACAGCCCGCUGAGGAGACCCGCGCAGCAGGGCUGAUGCUGAGGGAGGCGCUGGCCUUCAUUGACAGGCAUAAGCGUGGCCCAUUCCUGCUGUUCCUGUCCUUCCUGCACGUGCACACGCCACUGAUUACGCGCGGGCAUUUCGUGGGCCACAGCAAGUUCGGGCCAUAUGGGGACAAUGUAGAGGAGCUGGACUGGAUGGUGGGGAAGGUCCUCGCGGCCCUGGACCGGGAGCGCCUGACCAAUCAGACCCUGGUUUAUUUCACAUCGGACAAUGGUGGCCGCCUGGAAGCCCAGGAGGAUGGGGCCCGUGCUGGCUGCUGCUCUGGGGUCUACAGGGGAGGCAGCGGCACUGGCGGCUGGGAGGGUGGAGUGCGCGUGCCUGGUAUCUUCCGGUGGCCCACGGUGCUGGAGGCAGGACUGGUCAUCGAGGAGCCCACCAGCCUCAUGGACCUGCUCCCCACCCUAAGUCACGUGGGCGGCGGGAUCCUCCCCCAGGACAGAGUGAUUGAUGGCCAGAAUCUGAUGCCGCUGCUGGAGGGCCGUGUGCCCCGCUCAGACCAUGAGUUCCUGUUCCACUACUGUGGCGUUUUCCUACACAGCGUCCGGUGGCACCAGAAGGACUGCAACACUGUGUGGAAGGCCCAUUACGUCACCCCCAAAGUCUCCCGGGAAGGCCCGGACGCCUGCCACAGUAGCGGUGUGUGUGCUUGCUCGGGUCACGUCACCCACCAUGACCCGCCCCUGCUUUUUGACAUCUCAAGAGACCCCUCAGAGUCACAUCCGCUGAGCCCAGACAAUGAGGUGCUGUUCGAUAUGGUGCUCGGCAAGAUGGCAGGGGCCGUGAGGGAGCAUCGAGCCACCAUUACCCCCACGCCCCGCCAGCUCUCCACCUUCAACGCACUCUGGAAACCCUGGCUGCAGCCCUGUUGUGGUGCUGCCUUUCCGCUCUGCGGCUGCUCAGGGGAGGAUGUGUGA